UAAUAUUUUAGCUAAAUUUAUUUCUUAUCAAUUAUUUGUAUUUGAGUUAAAAUGGCUAAUAUUAGUAUUAAAUGUCAAAAGUGUCGAUUUGAAUUAGCAUCAAGUGAAAGUUCAUCUAUUCUUGACUGUCACGAAAAACAAAUUCAAAAUACAGCUAGAGUUACAUAUAGUUGCAAUGAUAACGUAAUGGAAAAUAAUUGGUACAUAUCAUCUAAUACUUUACCUCAAUGGAUAAAUACAGCAAUUGAAGAAGAUGAUUGGCAAAAGGGUAAAUUGAGCUGUCCAAAUUGCAAUUUAAGAGUUGGUUCUUUUGACUUUGUUGGCGGUAUGAAAUGCCCAUGUAAAAAAUAUGUAUUACCUCAAAUCCAUUUAGUUAAAAGUAAAGUAGAUAUUUAUUUUCGAUAAAAAUUGUGUAUUCACUUCUGUUAAUGUUAUGUAUGACUUACUGAUUUUUGUUGAUUUGUAAAGAUUGUAAUCUUAUACUAAUAUACUAAAGCCACAAUUAAUUUUAUGAAUUGUUUAGAAUUUAAUAUUUGUACUUAUCAAUUAGAUUUCUACUCUAAAUAAAUUUUAAUUUA